AUGACGGUAAAAGCUGAGUUGGACGGUGAGGCCAGCCCGCCUGCGCCUGUAUCAUUCUUUGAUCCAUCUCUCAAGGAGGUUCGACAACGCGUAUUCUUCCAAUGGGCUCGCACUUUGUUAAUUCUCUGCGUCUUCGUGUUCAGUGUGCUAUGUCUCUUCUGGGGAUCCCAAUACAACACUGAGGCCCACUUCUCAGCGUUGACGGUAUGGGUUGUCGAUUUCGACGGCCAAGUUGAUCCAUACCUCUCCAACGACACCAUCGUCGGCCCAACAGUUAUCGAUGUCACCAACAAAUUCCUGCAGUCUGACGCCCGCCACAUUGGCUACACUAUCAGAUCCCCUGCCGACUUCAACUAUGACCCUUUGGCCGUGCGCCGAGAUGUCUACCAUCAACAUGCCUAUGCCGCUAUAAUAAUCAACCCUGGCGCGACAGCACUGCUCCGGGAUGCAGUUGCUAACGACAACAAGACGUACGAUCCGACCAGUGCCAUCGACACAGUCUUCAUCUCCGCGCGCGAUCAAACAACCUACUCCACCUAUAUCACACCCAACCUGGCCACCCUACAGAACAUGGUGCUAGCAGAGUUCGGCCCACAAUGGGUCCAGUCUAUAGCCUCGUCUGUCAGAAACCUGUCAUCCGUGCCUCCACAGGCGAUUAACCCGGCCAUUGGGUUCACGUCCGUUGAUCUACGACCUUUUGCCCCGGCUGUUGCUGCGCCCGCCGUGACAAUCGGUCUGAUCUAUCUGAUCAUUAUUGCAUUCUUCAACUUCCCAUUCAUGAUGCCUGUUCAUGCUGAGUUCAUGAAGCCAAUUGGCCAUCCGCCGCUGAAGGUGCCACAUUGGCUCAUUUGGCGCAUUCUCUCAAGCAUCGUGGCUUACUUCUUUCUUUCGCUGUGCUACUCGCUUGUGUCGCUGGCUUUCCAGAUCCCAUUCAGCAAUGGCGAAGGGUCGGAUUUCCUGUCUGAAACUAAUCCCAAUGCCUAUGGCCGUGGCUCAUUUGUCGUGUUUUGGAUGCUGAACUGGGUUGGCAUGGCUGCUUUGGGAUUCCCUUGUGAGAACAUGGCUAUGAUCCUUGGACUCCCAUGGAGUGCUUUCUUCCUGAUUUUCUGGGUUAUUACGAAUGUUGCAACAGGUUUCUAUAACCUUGAUUUAGCUGCAGGUUUCUAUAGAUGGGGAUAUGCAUGGCCCUUACACCGAAUUGUCGAAGCUCUGCGAACCAUCCUUUUCGAUACCCAUUCGCGCAUUGGAUUGGACUUUGGUAUUCUGUUCGCUUGGAUUGCAGUAUCCUUGGCCUUUUUCCCUGUCGCAACUUUAAUCAUGCGGUGGAGAAUGAAGCGGAGCGCAUAA